ACGUGGCGGAAUGCUCAGACGCCACAGAGUGUCUCCCGUCUAAAGGCACCCCUCUGCUUAAAUCCAGUUGCUCAAAGAGGAUCUCAAGCGAGGACUGUUGUUUGCAGCUAAAUGAGGCGUUUGACUUGGGAGAGUGAGAAGACCAGGCUGAGAUUGUAGUAACUGGAUUUAGUUUUCCUUCUCUAUACUUACCAGUAUUUCACUCGGAACAGAUAAUUCAGGGGCAGCAGCAUCCUUUUCCCUGACUAGACUUCUAUGUCGUUAAAUUUUAUGGCAGCGGAGAUUUACAGUGCCCUCCUAAAGCAGAGUUUUCUUGAGUUUUUUUCUAAGAAGCGAACACAACACACAUUGAAAGCCAUAGGGAAGGCAACGUCCUGUGGAAACCUUACCCUGUAUUUUGUCCGAUCAAAAUUCUACCACCAUGUCUAUAGUCUCUUUUGGACGCUCAAGUGUUACUCUGGACCCAAAUAGCUCUGAACAUACUUUCAGGGAAAAGUCUUCAUCUCAGCAAGUGGGGGAUGUGUUUACCAUUCCUUCAGUGAAGUCUGGGACUGGCACAGAUUCAAAAUCAGAAAGUCCAACGGUUACAGAAGUGGUGUUUGAUAAAAACCCUUUCAAAAUCCCUUCAGAUGUUGAUAUCUUCUUAUUGCGAGACAAACAGAAAGAAAAAGCAAAAUUGGAACGGGAACGAAGGAAGACACUGAAGGUCCAUGAGAAAAUGACUUGCUCUACUAUGAUGGGUGCAAAACAAACUGGGUUCAAAAGACAAAUCCAGAUGGAAGAGGAAGCUGAAGACAAAGAGUUUGCAGCAGAAGCUGAACGGCUGAAAGCUCUCCGGGAAAGCAUCUCAUGGAAGAUUGCUGUCACUAAAGACCAGGUUGUAGAAAGAGAAACUAUAUACGACUACAUCAAUCAGAAACGGCAAAUGUUCCUGCUGCAGUAUGCUGUAACUGUAAAGAAAGAUGAAAUUCAAAAGCUAGAGAAGCUGGCCGUGGAAGAGGAAGCCAAGCUGGAAAAGGCUGAGGAAGACCUAGAGAAGGAUGCUGCCAUGUUUGAUGAGUUCCUGAAGGAGAAUGACAGAAACUCUGCACAAGCCCUGAAAAUUGCUGAAAAAGAAACCAAAGCCAAGUUGGAGAAAAUACUUGAGAUCCGAGAACUGACAGCGCAAAUGAUGAACAUCCAGAGCGAGAUAGCCAGAUUUGAAGACACUUUGCAUGAAUACAUGGUAUUCAAGGACUUCCUCUUCCAGCUGUCCCCAAAAGAGUGGCAGGAGAGCCAUGAAAAAAAGCAGCAGAAAGAAAAAGUGCUGAAAGUUAUUCCUGAUGUUAAAGAUGACAAACCUGCCCAAUUAGGACCCAGUAUAAGCCGAGGCCGGGAACAACAAAGCAGGAGCAAACAGAAAAUACUGCGUUCCAGUUAUGACUUGAGCCCCACAGACCAAAGCUUGUCUCGGAGUCCAAGCAUAAGUCUGCCAAGAAAAGAUUCUGUCAGAUUAAGCCGAAUGUUCUCUCGGCAAAACUUUAAAACCCAGCAAAGCAGAAAAGCGAGCACUCUAACUGCUUUAACAGAUGACAAGGACUCUUUAACCCUGUCAGAUGAGGAAGAUAAUGAGCAACCUGAGAUAUACUUUACUGAUCCACACCAGUUGCUAAAUAUUUUCACUGAGCUAGAGGAACAGAAUUUGUCUCUAAUUCAGAAUUCACAGGAGACAGAGGAAACUCUAGAUGAACUUCGGCAUACUCUGACUACUACUCGCAAUAAAAUGGACAAGGAGAUCGAGCAGUUAAAGCAACUUGCAAUCACACUUCAAGCCAACAUUAUUAAAGAGGAAGAGACAGCGGCAGACCUAGAACUCAAAGCACGAGUCUUUUCCUUUGGAGAAUACAAAGCAGAGGUUCAGGACAAAAUGCUGGUGAGCUUGCAUAAAAAGGUAUUGGAAGUCUAUCGACGCUGCAUUGGAGAAAACGAGGCAAAUCUCGGAACUCUGCAGAUGCUAGGUGUUAUAGAACACCAACUGGAUGACUUGCUGGAGUGUCUUGAGAGAGUACCUCAAGCAAAAAUAGAACAAGCUGAGAAAGCCAAAGAAAAAGAACGGAGGAUAAGGAUGAGAGAAGAAAAGAUAAGACAGCAGAGAGCACUGCAGGAAGAAAGGUUGCAACGAGCACUGGCAAGAGCACAAGCUGAAGUUAAGAGAAAGACUGGCAGAAGACUGGUGUUCCGCUCUGAGCCCCCAGCCUUUAAGGAAAAAGAAGAUGAGGAUCUAGGACUGAUCGACAAGGAAAAAGAGGAACUGCUAUACUACUUUUCUUAGGAACUUGACAAAGAGAGAGCUGCAAGAGAGCUGCAAGAGAGCUGCUCUAAAGAGCUGCAAUGAGUCUGACACGUUACGGUAGUACAGGCUGCUUAGGAGAAGUGUGGUUGGGUUUUUUAGUUACUUAUGUCAAAUAAAUUUUUUUUGAAGGUAACGAAAUCUAAUAUUUUUAGUUACCUAGCUCAUCCAACUCAAAGCCAGAAGAGCCACCAUUUCUGCACUGCUUUAAGCUAGUAACUCAAACCCCUUCAGUUUUGUCUUUUCAUAAACAAAAUAAUGAAACUGCUAAAAGUAAAAUAAGAUCUCCAAGAUUAGAGAUACAACAUAAAAAACCUCAGCUCCAAUUAGAUGCUUUAACCCCAGCACUGAGUUCAGUAAAUGCAAAAAUGAAAGUGAUGAAGUAUUUAGGGAUUUCAUCUGGAGCUUCUCUUCAGAGCUGUAAACUUCAAAACUUGCAAGAGUUUGAGAAUUUGUUUUGUUGCAAUAAACAUACUGCACAGAAAUUAUUACCACAUCAAAAACUCAACUGGGAAUGAAGAACUGGACAUUAGUUUUUAUUACUUCUUUUAUCUCAGCAUUUUCAGGUGUCCACUGCCAGCAAUGGACUUUGCUGGAAUAAAUUUUAGGGUAGGUUACCCUCAAGCCAUUAGAAAUUUACAAGGAUUUACAAAG